AUGCGCGUGGUGCUGACGUCGCGCGGGAGGCAGGUGGCGAGGUUCCGGGGCAGGUGGCGAGGUUCCGAGGAAGGUGGCGAGCCGCUGUUCUUGCUUGUGGCAAGUCUUCCCUGCGUGGUUCCUUGUCCCUUCCUUUCCAGCCGCCCCGUCCCCAGCUUGCUCGGAAGUCCCCGUGUUUCCCCCUCCGCCGUCACCUUGCUCCUAGCAGGGGUCGGGCUGUGCCAGCUAAGCUCUAAUUCCAGCUCGCAGCUCGCCAGCCUCUGCUCUCGGUUCCCGUGGAUGCCAUUCGUGGGUGCGGGCUUGUUUUUGGCUGCGGCCCUGGGAAGCGGUGACACGGAGGAGCUCGGGAGGCUGCGGGUGUGUGACAGGGCGUGUGACGCCGCUGCCCCGUUCCCUCCGGCCGCGUACCGGGGAAGGGCGCCCUGCGCGCCCCUCUCCAGUUACACGGAGCCUCCCGGGGCCGGCCGCUCGCCCAGCCUCUCCUUCCUUGCCGUCGUGCCAAGGAAAGGACGUCCUGCCUGGAGAAGGAAUCCUUUGGAGGCUGCCCAGCUUCAGGUACUUGCUGGGAGUCCAGGAAUACUCAGUAAUCAUGGGUUUCAAGUGCAACAACAGCAACAGAGGAGGCUAUCACUCCAUGAAUACCUGAGCAUGGGACUGUUGAAGGAGGCUGGCAUUUCUGUUCCACAUGGAGUGGUUGCCAAUACACCAGAUGAAGCUUACAAAAUAGCAAAAGAAAUAGGUUCAAAGGAUAUUGUGGUAAAAGCACAGGUUUUAGCUGGUGGUAGAGGAAAAGGAACAUUUGAAGGUGGCCUCAAAGGAGGAGUGAAAAUAGUUUUUUCUCCAGAAGAAGCAAAAGCUGUCUCCUCCCAAAUGAUUGGAAAGAAGUUGUUUACCAAGCAGACAGGAGAGAAGGGCAGGAUAUGCAAUCAAGUAUUUAUCUGUGAGCGCAGAUAUCCCAGGAGAGAAUACUACUUUGCAAUAACAAUGGAAAGGUCUUUUCAAGGUCCUGUGCUGAUAGGCAGUUCUCAGGGUGGUGUUAAUAUUGAAGAUGUUGCUGCAGAGAAUCCUGAAGCCAUAAUUAAGGAACCCGUCGAUAUAGUAGAAGGCAUAAAAAAGGAGCAGGCUGUUAGGGUUGCCCAGAAAAUGGGAUUUCCUCCUAAUCUGGUGGAUGAAGCAGCUGAAAAUAUGAUCAAAUUAUAUAAUCUCUUUCUGAAAUAUGAUGCUACCAUGAUAGAAAUAAAUCCUAUGGUGGAAGAUGCAUCAGGAGUUGUAAUGUGUAUGGAUGCAAAGAUAAACUUUGACAGCAAUUCAGCCUAUCGUCAGAAGAAGAUCUUUGAUAUGCAGGAUUGGACACAGGAAGACCAAAGAGACAAGGAUGCUGCAAAAGCAGAUCUCAACUAUAUAGGGUUGGAUGGAAACAUAGGCUGCUUAGUCAAUGGUGCUGGUUUGGCUAUGGCCACAAUGGAUAUAAUUAAACUUCACGGCGGAACUCCAGCAAACUUCCUUGAUGUUGGUGGUGGUGCUACAGUGCAGCAAGUGACAGAAGCCUUUAAGCUUAUUACCUCUGAUAAAAAGGUACUGGCUAUUCUGGUAAAUAUUUUUGGUGGUAUUAUGAGAUGUGAUGUUAUAGCACAAGGCAUCGUUACGGCAGUAAAGGAUUUGGAGCUGAAAGUCCCUAUUGUGGUACGGUUGCAAGGUACACGAGUUGAUGAUGCCAAAGCUUUGAUAACAGCUAGUGGCCUCAAAAUCCUUGCGUGUGAUGACUUGGAUGAAGCUGCAAAAAUGGUGGUGAAGCUGUCUGAAAUAGUAAGCUUAGCAAAACAAGCUCAUGUGGAUGUUAAAUUUCAGUUGCCAAUUUGAUCUGGGAAAUGUCAUGCCAGUGUCUAACACGUUCUCUGAAAUACUGUGUUCUGUGGGAAAUUUUUAAUUUUUCUUUUGUGUGAAGGUUUUGAUUGACAGGCGCACAAACUGAAGCAUCUGGUCUUUCAUGUUAACAUUCAGAAUGGUCAGAAUUCUUGUAAAAGUGUGUAUUGCUGAUAUUUACUCUUUCUUAGUUGUUAUUCUCAAGCCUCCAGCUUCUGCUGCAGAAUGUCACUUGCAAUAUACUUCUGCGUUGUCCAAAGUAAAGCUUCUGGUUGAAAAAAAUAAUUAUUCUGAAUAAAUUUUGAAGUGACUUUGCUUGUAAAUUUGUAUUAGCCUUGUUUAAAAGUAAAUAUGACUGGAUUAUCUAGUUGUCCCUGUGGAAAAAUGUAUUGAAACGGUAUUUUAUGUUGGAGACAUUUGUACUUAGCAGUAUAAUGGACAUGAGCAAACCAAUCAUUAUUUAUGAACAGAUGCAUUUGAACUUGAUCAGAAAUAUUUUUGGAAGUCCUUCAUUGAAGUGGCUGGUAACUCUUCUGGACAACGUGUUAAAUCACUACAAAAUAUACUGUAGCACUUAGAUUUUCACAAUUUCUGGUCCUCAUGAAAAAGCAUUGUGUAGUUUUAUAUACAAACAAGCAUUUACCAAGCUUCAAGGAGACAGGAUAAAUAGAGAAUUAAAAUGUCUAUUGUACAUCGCUAAUAAAAUUGUACAUUAAUAAAAUAUCUCCCAAAACUUUUACUGUCUUUC